GAAAAGGGGUAAAAAGGGAGGUUUUCCCCCCAGGGAUGGUAAAUUGGCCCCAAGUGGUUGCUAGCUGCUGUGCAUGCUGCAUUUACAAGACAACAGCAAAAAUAAUAUGAUAGCGCCUGUUUCCAUCCACUUAAUGAGCGGUAGGCCUUGUGCUAAAGCACCUUUAGAUACACAAUUUUAUGUAAUCCUUGCAAUAACUCUAUGGAGUAGGUUAAUAAUAGAGUGGUUAUUCCCACGAAGACACUAAGGUUUAGAAAAAUUAAGUAACUUGCCUAAAUUCUGACAUCUAGGAAGUUGCGGAGCUAGGAUUUGAACUCAGGUCUGUAUGCUGAACUGUUGAAGGUGGAGGAAGAGUCAACUGCAUAUUCCUCUGUGGACUUCAGACACUUCAAGUCCUUUGGCAGUAGGAUGGCCCAAGUGCUUCAGAGCCACUGUGGCUGUGACCUCCCCAUCCCCCUCCCCCAGCUUUGCUGAGGGCAUAGUAAGACUAAGAAGUUUCCUUUUCAUUCAUUCCCAACCUUGGCACCUUCUAUUGUCAUUCAAGCAACAUUUAUUGAAGAAAUGCCUUCUGAGCGCUAGGCAUUGCAGGGUGGUAUGCCUAUGAGUGAGGAGACAAUCUCAGGAAAAAAUAAUUGCCUAAGGCCUUGCAGCUAUUGAGUGGAACCGAGACAAACACGUUGGUCUGAUGAUCCAAUGCUCAUGGUACACCAUGAGAGGUGCUGUGGGACACAAAGAUAACUGCAGAUCGUGCCCUUAAAGAACUUGCAGUAUAAUUGUUCAGACACAACCGAGUAUCACUGCUAGAAAGUGAAAAUAGUCUGGAUAAAGUUCAUGUCUUCUAUGUCCCUGCUUUUUGUGUCUUUCUCUUGAAAGGAAAAAAUCUGAAUACAUUUUUCUUGGGCCCAGGUGGCUGGCACUGGCAACUGAGCUAGGCUGCCUCAGGGCCACAUAUUUGUCCCUGGGGACUUAAAAACCAAGACUCCAAGUAAUGAGCUGCUUGUCUGGGCCCAGCCCCAAAGGAAGCCUCUACACAGGCCCCACUCAGCGUACAGGUGUGAUUCCCGGAAGAGAGAGGCCUCUGAAGGGCAGUCUGUGGAGGCAGACUAAGACUGCGGAGUCGCGGCUCCGUGAGACCUUGGAGGCGAGAAGCUUAGCGGGUGAGUGCUGAGGGCAGAAUCCUCAGGUGACAGACGCCUGCGGAGACACUUCACGGACACUUGGAGGGGACGGAGCUGUGUUCGGGUCCGAUUCUUGGUGAAGAAGCUUCACGACGUCAGGCGCACUGAGGGGCGCAAGUAUCUGAGACUGAAGAGACUCGGUGGAGAAAGGCGCUCUGAGGUCUUAGAGAACGGACUGGGACCAGGACCUGGGUCUGAGGACUCGAAGUGCUCUGAGAGGAACAGGCAGUGAGGACUCCGGGCUACACAAUCUGCGCCCGGUCCUCUGGGACGCGGAGAUGGGACAUCUAGCGUGCCGAGUGCAGACGACCCAGAGACGGAAAGGCCAACAUCGGGCAGCGAGCCCAGAGCGCGCCAACCACUUCGGCGCCUCGGAUGGAUCCGCCCAUCUACCCUCAUGCCCGAUUACUCAUUGGCGCUUCUUAGUUCCUCCUCGGAUUGGCUAUCUCUGGAUCAAAUAGGUGGGGCCUGAGUGCUACUUCCGGUGAUAACGUCGUCGGCCCUGGCGAAGCCGGAAGAAUGCUCUAGCGCAUGCCUCCCAAGGUCUUUGCAGCUCCUGCAGAGGUGGCGCGCUCUCAAAGGCCGUGGGGGGCGGGGCCCGGAAACGUAAAGAGGAAGGUCGGGACCUGCACCGCCAAGAAUGCAGGAUGCUAUAGGGUCGCUGUGAGUCGGAAUAGACUCGACCGCAAUGGCUUUUUUUUGAGGGGCAGGAGGUGGUUACAGAGUGGGAGGGUCGGGACUUUGGUGAGCUGCAAAGGGCGGGGCCUGCAAGGAAUGGAGGAAUUAAAUGAAACUGGGCGGGGUCUUGAAUAAAAUUAAGGAAGACAAGGUCCCGGUGGGCGAGACCAUAAGGGGGCGGGUCUUGUGUGGGCGGGGUCGUACGGUGACAAGUUGGUCCAGUGCUGAGUGGAGGCGGCCGUUAGAAGGCGGAGCCUUGUGUGUAAAUGUUAGUCCGUUCCCUCCUGCCCAGUAGUAUGGGUCAUCGUACUUUAUCCUCCGCCCCCGCUCUCUGGGCCUCCAUUCCUUGUCCGCGCUCUGAGCUGCGCCUGGACCUGGUUCUGGCUUCUGGACAGUCCUUCCGGUGGAGGGAGCAAAGCCCUGCGCACUGGAGUGGCGUGUUGGCGGACCAAGUAUGGACACUGACCCAGACGGAGGAGCAGCUCUACUGCACCGUGUACCGAGGGAACAAGGGCCAGGUAGGCAAGCCCACGCAAGAGGAGCUGCAGGCCAUUCGCAGCUACUUCCAGCUGGACGUCAGCCUGGCUCAACUGUAUUACCACUGGGGUUCCGUGGACCCCCACUUCCAAGAGGUGGCCCAGAAAUUCCAAGGUGUGCGGCUUCUGCGGCAGGACCCCAUCGAGUGUCUCUUCUCCUUCAUCUGCUCCUCCAACAACAACAUCACCCGCAUCACUGGCAUGGUAGAGCGGCUCUGCCAGGCCUUCGGACCUCGGCUUGUCCAGCUUGAUGAUAUCACCUAUCAUGGCUUCCCUAGCCUGCAGGCCCUGGCUGGGCCCGAGGUAGAGGCCCACCUCCGGAAGCUGGGCCUGGGUUACCGUGCCCGCUAUGUGAGUGCCAGUGCCCGAGCCAUCCUGGAAGAACAGGGCGGGCCGUCCUGGCUGCAGCAGCUGCGUGAGGCCCCCUACGAGCAUGCCCACAAGGCCCUCUGUACCCUGCCUGGGGUGGGCACCAAGGUGGCUGACUGCAUCUGCCUGAUGGCCCUAGACAAGCCCCAGGCUGUGCCCGUGGACGUCCACAUGUGGCAUAUCGCACAAUAUGACUACAGCUGGCACCCCACCAUGAGCCAGGCCAAGGGUCCGAGCCCCCCGGCCAACAAGGAACUGGGAAACUUCUUCCGGAGUCUAUGGGGACCUUAUGCUGGCUGGGCCCAAGCGUAUAACCCUCUCCCCACACGAACUCCUUGCUCCCACAGGUGCUGUUCAGUGCUGACCUGCGCCAACCCCACCGUCCUCAGGAGCCACCAGCAAAGCGCAGAAGGGGUUCCAAAGGGCCAGAAGGCUAGGUGGAAGCACUGAACAAAGGAAUCCCCAAACACGUUUCCCCAUUUCUCUCCCCUCUUCCCACCCACGUGCAUGUAGAGGAGGGGGCUCCCUGCAGCUGUUGUCUCCCAAUCUUCAGGCACCCCCAAAUCAGGUAGUCAGUUUGCACAACAGGGUUGGGUUGGGGCUCUGGGAAGACAGAGCUACCUGUGGUUUUAUCCUCUUCACUUUAUUACAAGAAGGAACAAUAAAAUAGAAACAUUUGUAUGGAAAAUGCAAUGGAGGAGAAGUAGGGAAGGGAGUGGGGAGGGGAUGAGGCAGGGUAACUCCCCAGUUCAGGGAGGAAAGGGGAGCAGACUGUCCGCCAGCCCCUCCCAGGCAGGAGAUGCAGACCCCUGGCUCCA